AUGCUCAACCGAUCAGCAUACGGGUACUCCAUCAAUGAUACUACGCAGAUCACACAUCUUUUUUAUAUGGAUGAUUUGAAACUGUUUGCAAGGGGACGGGCUCAACUCGAGGGCGAAUUGGAACUGGUCAGGAAGUUCAGUGCUGACAUAGGAAUGACACUGGGGGUGGAGAAGUGUGCAACGGUCACCGUAAGAAGGGGAAAAAUCGUCGACGAGGGUGAUCUGAGAAUGAGGGACGGAACAGAAAUAAAAAGCUUGAGUAAUGAAGAAACUUAUAAAUACUUAGGGAUACAGCAGACAUUUGACAUAAGAACAGAAGAGAACAAACAACAAGCUAAAACAGAGUUGCUCAGGAGAACAAAGUUGAUAUUCAAAUCACAACUCUCAGCCAAGAACAAAAUAUUAGCGAUCAACAUCUGGGCCAUACCGUCCUUCACUUAUACGUCGGCUGUUCUCUCCUGGUCGAAGACGGACCUCCAACUGAUAGACAGAAAGAUCCGGACAGAAAUGACAGCAUCUGGCUUACUCCACCCCAACUCGGCCGUGGAAAGGCUAUACUUACCAAGGAAGGAGGGUGGUCGUGGCCUGACCUCCAUUGAGGAUGCCUGUUGGAAAAACAAACUCGAUUUAAAAAAGUACUUCGCCAGCAAACACUUACCUCUUCAUCAAUGGAUCGCUACCCAAGGAGACCUCCCAGCCAUUGCGGAAACUUUCAGUGAGGACAUACCUGCAACAGAAAAUACAUUAGAAAACCUCAGACAGGGCUGGCAAACGAAACAACUUCACGGCAGGUUCUACGCAAGUUUACAUCAAGAUAAGGUGGAUUUAACAGCGUCUAAUACUUACCUAACUCAGGGUUACCUAUUUCCUCAAACAGAAGGCACCUUAUUUGCGAUCCAAGAUCAGGUUGUGCCAACUCGAAAUUAUGUCAAGCACAUUAUGAAAAAGUCAAUAGAUAACACAAGAUGCCGACUGUGUAACAGUGCUGAAGAGACAGUGCAGCACCUGUCAGCAGGCUGCCCCACAAUAGCUGGAACACGAUAUCUAUCGCGACAUGACGGCAUGGGGAAGGUCGUACACCAACUGCUUUGUAUAAACAAAAAACUUCUCCAACAUUUCACACCGCAUCAUCUGUAUGUUCCGUCGCCUAUUGAGGAAAACGAAACCUUCAAAAUCUAUUGGGACUUUGCCAUCACUACGGACAGAGGUGUGGAACAUAAUAGACCUGAUAUGGUGGUGUGA